AUGUUGUCUCCAACGCCGGCAACCACCUACACCACCAUUCCAAUCUCCGGAACUGACGUCAUUUUCCGAUCAUUUCAGAAUCUAUCGUCCUUCUUGUCCCUACACCGUCCCUGGUCGGAAUUCAUCUCCGGCGCUGACUCAUUCGACAGGCCAGCCUCACUCACCCUCACCGCUACCAGACUUGGCGUCAACUCGAAAUACUUCGGCGUGAACUACGGCAUUAUCAUCACUAUAUGCGCCGCCGUAUCCUUAAUCGGAGAUCCAACCACACUACUAGUCUUCGCUUCUGUGUUCACCCUAUGGCUUGUACUCUACUUUUUCCGUGAAGAUCCGAUGGUUGUGUGGGGACACCACGUUCAUGAUCACCUGGUGACUGCUGCUCUUGUUUUGGUCACCGGAGUUUCUAUUUGGAUUAGAGGUUUUGUUACAAGCCUUUUGAUCGGAAUUGCUGUAGGGAUUUUGCUCUCGGUUGUUCAUGGUGUUUUCAGAAACCCUCAGGGAAUUUACCUCGACGAACAAGACGCUGCUUCUGAUGGAUUGAUCUCACCUCCUUCAGCUUCUCCUAGGGAUUACAAACUCAAUUUCUCCAAUUAG